AUGCAACAACCACCCACUCCAAAGCGCACGAAUUCUAAACAACCAGGCUCUGCGGGCUCGUCUUCCUCCUCGGGCUCCUCGGCCCCUCGUACCAACGGCGCGAGCACCCCCGCGACCUCCGUGAACGGCACGCAUUCAUCCACCCCUCCAUCGGGCCCAUCUAAGGGCCAAAUACAUGUCAAGCUCAUCCAAGCCCGCGGGCUCAGCCCACGAUCGUCGAGCUCGCGCCCGUACGUCGUCGUUCAGUUCGAGCAGAACGAGUUCGUCAGCCGGGAUCCGACCGACGAGACCGACAAGGAGGUCAAGGGCGUCGCGACCAAUCUCUCGCGCGUCUCCUCGUCCACUGCACUCUCUGCGCUCGGAGCUAUCAGCGACAAGGCUAGGGGGAACGGGAACGGGACCGCGCGCGGCAGUGCCCAGGCCACCCCGUCCUCAUCGCUGGGUAAGUCGCAGCUCUCUGGCCUCUUCGGCUCGCGCAUUUCGGCGCACAAUCCGGUCUGGAAGCAUGAAGUGUCCUUCGAUGUUACUUCCGAGCAGUCCGUCGUCACCCUGAGUGUGUACGACCGAGCACUCAGCGAACAUGCAUUCCUGGGCACGGUUCAGAUCAAGCCUCCUCUCGUGCAUGAACACACUGUUGACCAGUGGUACAAACUCCAACCCUUCAAGGAUGAGCCCGUCACAGGGGAGAUGAGAGUGCAGAUUACAUUCGAGGCUAAUAAGGCGAAGCGCGCGCUCACACCCCGCGAUUUCGAGUUCCUGAAGCUCAUCGGCCGAGGCACCUUCGGACGGGUGUUCCAGGUGCGGAAACGGGAUACGAAGCGCAUAUACGCGAUGAAGGUGCUGUCGAAACGCGAGAUCAUCGAGAAGAAGGAGGUCGCGCAUACGAUCGGCGAGCGCAAGAUCCUGCAGCGCUCACUGGAGUGCCCGUUCCUCGUCGGUCUCAAGUUCUCCUUCCAAACGGAGACGGACUUGUAUCUCGUGACAGAUUUUAAGAGCGGUGGAGAGCUCUUCUGGCAUUUGCAGAAGGAGACACGAUUCACUGAGGAGCGUGCGCGGUUCUACAUCGCGGAGCUGAUCCUUGCGCUAGAACAUUUGCACAAGUACGAUAUCGUAUAUCGCGACUUGAAACCCGAGAACAUCCUCCUCGAUGCCACAGGUCACGUUGCAUUAUGUGACUUUGGCUUGUCAAAGCCCGACCUUCGUUCAGACGAGCUCACAAAUACCUUCUGCGGUACCACGGAGUACCUUGCACCGGAGGUCCUUCUAGACGAGCACGGCUACUCGAAGCUCGUCGAUUUUUGGAGUCUUGGUGUGCUGCUCUUCGAGAUGUGCUGUGGAUGGAGCCCGUUCUACGCCGAGGACACGCAGCAGAUGUACAAGAACAUCUGCUUUGGCAAGAUCAGGUUCCCCAAGGGCGUGAUCAACGAGGAUGGCAAGCAGUUCGUCAAAGGGCUGCUCAACCGGAAUCCCAAGUCUCGCCUGGGCGCGAACCGGGACGCCGCCGACCUCAAGGAACACCCCUUCUUCAAGACGAUCGACUGGGACGCGCUCGCGAAAAAACAAGUAACGCCGCCGUUCAAGCCCGUCGUCGAGUCAGACGAGUCCGUCGCGAACUUCGACCCCGAGUUCACGUCCGCGGACGUGCGCGAAGCCGGGCUCGCCGAGCUCGACCUCGACGAGGAGGACCCGUCCCCGAACUGGGUCGCGCUCUCCUCGAGCGUGAACGGGACAAUACACACGCCGAACGGGCCGCUCGGUUCUGACCGCCCCGGGCCCGGGCCCGUGCAGGGUGGGAUCGCGAUUGCGAAGAACACGAAGAAGCCGCGCGACGGUGGCGCUCCUCCGCUCACGAACAGCGUCCAGGAGAACUUCCGCGGGUUCACGUACCACGGCGAGUCGAUCGUCGCGCCGGCCGCUGGGGUGCUCGCGGACGGGCUGGAUGGCGGGGAGGAAGAGGCCGUGGAUGAGGAGCCGGAGCCGACGACGGACGAUGAGGUCGAGAGCGAUUCCCCGGCGGGACGCUACGCGAAGAGUCGUCGGAGAAAGGACGAUGCGUUCGACGGGUUCGACGACGACAUGCAUCUAUGA